UACACGCGGCUCCACCAUGGUCCACACCUGCGUGGUGUCCGGCUGCAGGAACAGGAGGACCCCGGGGACCAGCCUGUCCUUCUACCGCUUCCCCCGGGACCCCGACAGGAAGCAGCGCUGGAUCAACGCCGUGAACCGGGAGGGCUGGGUCCCUAACGACGGCAGCAGGCUGUGUAGUACUCACUUCAUCUCAGGUAAACAGGUGAAGAACCCACGUUCUCCAGAUUAUGUUCCUUCUGUGUUCACUGGUGCUCCUUCAUCUCCAGAGAUGAAGGAACCGGGUGCCUUAGAGAUCCUGGACAAGCAGGAGGCUCGAGUGGAGGCUGCCAACGCCUUGUUGUUCCUGCAGGGUCAGGGAAGGUCUGCAGAGGAGCAGCAGGAGCUUCCUGAGGAGCAGGAGGUCACUGUGGAGGAAAGUAUUUCCUCCUCAGUCAGCACUGAUGAAGAUCAAGACGAUGAUGAAUCCGUAAGUGACAGUAAGAGAGGAAGGUUUGCUCAGACGUCUGGUCCUCCAGUGAACUUUGAGGACAUCCUGCAAGCCCUGAAGAAGGAGAACCAGGCGCUGAGGGAGUCUGUGGACAGGAUGUCUCUAUCUGAGAACUCUCUGAGGAACGAUGCAGAGAAGGUGAAGUUCUACACCGGGUUACCAAACUACUUUGUGCUGGAGACGGUCAUGUGGCUGCUGGCUCCUCACAUGGACGCUGUGAAGAAUGUGAAGCUCUCCAAGUUCCAGCAGCUGCUGCUGACGCUGAUGCGUCUCCGUCUGGACCUUCGGAACCAGGACCUGGCCUACCGCUUCGGUGUGAAGGUCGGCACGGUGACCAGGACGGUGCACCGGAUGGUCCACAUCAUGUCCUCCACUCUGGUGCCCACGGCCGUCUUCUGGCCCUCCAGAGCGGAGCUCCGGAAGAACCUCCCGGCGGCGCUGAGGUCCUCCCACCCAGACUGCGCCGUCAUCGUAGACUGCUUCACGGUGCCCUUGGAGGAGCCGGUCUCCCGGGGCAACCAGCAGCAGGGGGCGCCGCGGGGCCGCAGCAAGCUGAAGUACCUGAUCGGCGUGGCUCCGCAGGGCGUGGUCACCUUCGUCUCCAGAGGAGUGGAGGGGAACGUGAGCGAUAAGAGCCUGGCUGAGGGCUGUGGGCUGCUCUACAAGCUGCUGCCUGGAGACGUGGUCCUGGCCGGCAGCGAUCUGGACAUCAGGGACUCGGUCGCUGCUCGAGGAGCUUCUUUCAGAACCACUUCCUGCAGAGCUGCCGGCCGACAGACGGAGACGGCGGUUGGGUCCGAGGACUCGCCGGCCGACGUCUCCUCUGAGGCCAGUGUCCAGAGACAUGUGGAGAAGGUGAUCUCCAUGGUGAAGCAGCGCUACGCCAUGCUGACCGGCCCGGUGGAGAGUCCCUUCACCUCGGCCUCAGAGCGGACCUCCAACCUCUCCACCUUCGACAAGAUCGUCCAGGUCGCUUGUGCCUUAAACAACCUGUGCAUCUCUGCUGCUCCACUGGAGUGAUUCCUCCUGAAGAUCCCUUUACUGUUGUUCAUGUUCUCAGUGUUCUCCAUACUCUCCACAUUCUCCAUGCUCUCUGUGAUCUCCAUGUUCUCCACGUUCUCCAUGUUCUCCUCUUCACUACUUUCUACUUGAUGUCAUGAAGUUAUGCAAUCCAUCUGGAGAAGAAUGGAGAGAGUCUGAUUCUGUUUUAUAGAAGCUUUGAAUGAAGAGAACGUUAAUCUGAGGUGAAAAUGUUUGUAUUGUGUUUGUGGUUCUUCUAAACUUAGAGAUGUUUACUUCCUGAAACCCUCAACUAGACCAAGAUGAACCUUAGAACGUGAUCCAGCUGCUGGUCCUGUUAACUCCAGUUCUUACUAAUCCUCAGUAAAGCUCAGUGAGAUAUUUGAAUAUUUUGACAGAAACUGGUUCAAACCAACUCCAGAACAACAAACUGAUUUUAGAACCAAAGUCUGUUCUGACGAGUUAAAAACCAGGAUUGUUCUGAGUUUAUUAGUAAUUUCAUGUCAGUUGAUCCUCAGAACGUCUCUGCUGUCAUGUGACUAACCACUGAGAGGGUUUCCUUCCUGAAGGGGGUGUGGCCAACAGACUUAAACUCUUUUAUUUCUGAGGAGAUGUUAAUCCUUUAAUAUGAGGUCUUUAGCUGUAGGUUUCUCUGAUUUAACUUCCUGUUUGGUGUAAACCAGGUUUCAGGACCACCUCAGAUGGAGCAGGUUGACUUCCAGGAACACGGUUCAUGUUCUGCAUUCAUGGUUGGUGGUUUUCCAUUUAGAAUAAUUCCUGAACAGAUCUUCUCCUUGGAGACGUCGUCUUCAAGGCUUCUCUCAGAAUAGAAGAACAUUCUGCAGAAACCAAACGGGGCCUGAAGGUUCCAACAGUGAUGUCAGUGCUUAGCUUCACACUUUUUAAACUGUCCCAGCAUUGAGUGGAGAUGUUUGAACCUUCUGACUGGACACUCAGAUGUUCUCUGCUGGUGAAGAAGGAAGAUGUGUUUUUGUUCCAUGAAUAAAUUAAUUCCUUCACAUAGCUGCUGAAGUUUGGGUCCUAUUCGAUCUAAACGUUCUGUAAACGGUUUGUUUUUGUUCUGAUGUACUUUUACUGUGUGGUGGGUUCAUUCUCAUGAAUCCUUGGAGCUUCAGUAGAAACCAUCUGGACUUCUCUAGAAGGUUCUUCAAACAUUUCACCUUCAUCCAAGAAGCAUCCUCAGUUCUAACUGACUGAUGGGGAGUUCCAGAGUUUAUGGCUGAUGGUCCAUUAGCAACCAGAACUCACCUACCUGCAGGUGGAGAUGUUGUGAAACCAGGAGGUCCAACAGCAAUCAUGGUGGUGGAGCUGCCAGUUUACACAACGAAGAACCUGAAUUUGUCAAGUCAGGAGUGACGUGGUGUAAGAGGUCCCGUCUUGAAGGAGAGGUGAAAACAUCUUCAAGAACCUACAAAAAAUGUCCAUUUGGCUUCUACUGAACCUCUUGUAGGUUCUUGAAGAUGUUUUGCCUCCUCAAGAUCAUGAAAUGUCUUCAAGAACCUGCCAGAGAAGUCCAGUUGGUUUCUGCUGAGGCUCCUGUAGGUUCUUGAAGAUGUUUCACCUCUCCUCCAAGAGACUGGACUUCUCUAGUAGGUUCUUGAAGAUGAAAACAUCUUCAAGAACCUACUUGAGAAGCCCAGUUGGUUUCUACUGAAGCUCCUAUGAUCACCAUGACAGGACGUUAUUCUCCUGGUUUUUGUUCUGACAAUGUUCCUCUUCGAAGUGUUUUAAUAAAGUCCCUCUGAAGCUGUU